AUGGCCCGAAUGGCAUUUGUUACACUCCUCACCAGAAUCAGCUACUUGCCUGGAGUGUUGGUGCUAGAUUAUGGAUUAAAAUCAACUGGAUCCAAAUACCCACUGGUUGUGAUGGUUACACCCACGCUCGAGGAGGAUGCUCGUGACAUCCUCACCCAAUGCGGUAUUGAGAUGUAUUCUAUCAACUCUUUGGUGCCAGAUAGUAGUCGACAUACCGUCGCAGACCACGAUGCUAGGUUUAAAGAUACUUGGACCAAACUCAGAGCUUUUGGACUGGAAGGCUUCGAACGCGUUGUACUGCUAGAUGCUGAUAUGUUGAUAAAACGCAACAUGGAUGAGCUUCUGCAAAUACCUCUGGCACAAGAUGAAAUUGCGGCAGCUCAUGUAUGUGCAUGCAAUCCCAUGAAGCUAGUCCAUUACCCUGCAGAUUGGGUACCUGCUAAUUGUGCUCACACUGCUGUUGAAAAUCCUCUCGGUCUUCCACCGGCUUGGACCCCAACCAGUCCUCGUCCUUACGGACAGUUGAAUUCGGGGACCGUAGUACUCAAUCCUUCUCCCGCCCUGGGUGAAGCCAUUGUGCACUUUCUCAAUACCGAAAAUCUCGAAAGCUUUGCGUUUCCUGAUCAGGAUUUACUGACCUCGUUCUUCAAGGGCAAAUGGAAACCAUUACCGUGGUAUUACAACGCGCUAAAAACUUUGAGAGUAAUCCACCCACAAUUAUGGCGAGAUGAUGAGAUUCGGUGUCUCCAUUACAUCUUGAAGGAUAAGCCAUGGGAAGCGAGGACGCCAGUUGUGCCAGGACCGUUUGAUGAAGUUCAUGAGUGGUGGUGGAACGACUUCGAUAGAAUGGCAUCGGGAUUGGAUUCGCAAAGGAGAAACAAGAUCUUCUCCUUGGUGGAUACCAGUAAAGAAAGUUGA